AUAAAAUAAAAGAUGAUGUCUUCCGCUCGUCCGAACAAUUCCGAUUUUUUCUUUAACUGUAAUAAUAAUGAAGCUACAGUCGAACAUCCGAUUGUUAAUAUAUCGCAUCCAGAUCCAUAUGAAAAACUUAAACCCAAGGAUAUCAACACUCCUAUCACACAUAAAACAGAAACAUCAUCCAAAGUAGUAUCAGAUAUUGUGAAUAUGACAGGUUCCCCUUCCUAUUCUUCUUUCCCAUGCAUGAUUCCCUCAUUGAUUAUACCGACAAUAAAAAUUGGACCUUAUGAUAUAGUAGAAUUGCGGGCAAUAUCUUCUCACGCUGUUAAACGAAACCGCGAAGCUUUGCGCAUCGUUGCCGUAGCUGCUGGUGAAAACCUUUAUAACUUGUAUAGAGUUCUGAUGGCAUCUUUAUGUCAACGAGAGGAUCGAGCUCGGCUUGUUUUUCAUGCUUGGAUACUUCCAGAUGGAUCAUUGUACGGAAAUGGUUCGCGAGGUCGAGAGUCAAACAUUGUCUUCAAAUUUUUGAAAAACGACCGUGAAGUGUACUUGAAUCAUUUACCUAUCUAUAUAGGUUAUCAAUUGCAACUUGUUUUUGGAAAAUGCGUCUAUCAAGUUAUAGUUCAAGAUUUACUCAUUGGCAUGAAUGACGAACAAGAUCUUAUAUGGACACCAAGAGUAUGUGAAGGAAGUUAUGGAGAAGCCGUGCCAUUCGAUUUAUGUUAUUCACCUCACUUGUUUCGUUCUCGAACACCUGAAAAACAGAAGCCAAGAAUAAGUGACAAAGGUGCCGAGAAAGAAAACGUUGUACAAGGGACUAGAGGCGAUUCUGUUGAGAAUAGUUUGGAUGACGAAAUAGAAAAAAAUCAUGAAAAAAGAUGUGAAUCGUUAUCUCCGAAUCGAGAUGAUGUUUCCUGUUUGAGGCCCCGUUAUAAAACAAAUAAAUAUCUUUCUGGAAAAGAGUUAGACGACAUUAACAAAAACCUAUCUCGCAUGCGGUUCAUUCGGCAAUAUUCUCAAAUAAAACCACUGCUUCGUAAAAAUCGACCAGAGGAUUAUAUUCCUGAUGAGGAAAAAAGAAAAGAGUGUUUUCGUAUGACAGCACGACUGUUUUUUUUUGUGUUAUGGAGUCGUUAUAGUUUUGCUGUGUCUACUGAAAAUGUCGUUUCAAUGCCUUUCGUAAAUCAAGAAGGUUUAAAUACCUCUCGUUCGCUUAACAACAUACAAGACAAUGCAUACGGGAAAUCUUUAUCAGAAAAACAGCAUCUGGACAAAAAUGAAGUUGAAAUGGAGGCGACUUUGUCAAUGGGAUCUGAAAGCAAAGACGAAGGUUUAGUAAAAGAAAGAGAACCUGACUUUUGUCAAAUUCAAAAUGGUAUAAAAAAAAAAAAUUGUGUUCAAGAUAACUCCAGCUGCCUGCCAUGCCCUUCUUUUACCCCUGAAAACAAUACGUUUUCUUUAUCUGAGAGGACUUUAGGUGCGCGUGCUGAUAAAUUGAAAAGUAUUUUUGACACAUCCUCCACGGAACACUUGACAGCUCCAUUUCAUUGUUUGAAUUAUCAACCUCAACAAAACACGGUUCGUGGUUGUUAUCCACGUUGCCGUGUUUCCAAGAGAAAUACUGUUUGCCUUUCCGAUAGUCCUAAUAGUCCAUCUUCUUUAUCGGACACACUCUAAUAUUUUCUUUUAUUCACAUGACCCGAAUUUAGUUUUUUUCAAAGUUCUUAUUCUUGAUGUCAUCUUACGUUCAAAUCAAAUAAAUCAUUUUUUAAAAGUUUUUCUCCGUCUCUCUCUCUUUUAUAAAUUUCAUUCCUACAUUCAUCAACCAUCGUUUGCUUUUAUUUUUAUUAUUUAUAAAUAAUAUCGUUGACUAUAAAAAAACAAUUUUCUUUUUAUCUUUAUUGAACUCCAUUACUUUUAAAUCAAAGUAUUUUUUUUUUUUAAAACUCUUGCUUUAUUGAAUAUUUCUAGGAGCGUAACUAAGUCA